AUGCAGUCUGAGUGCUCGUUUAUGGUCUCACGUCUAACUUGGGAACUCGACAACCUAAAAACUAUGGCAGCGCGUGCAACACAGCAAACAGCCGAACUCGGGUCAAAGAAAACACUAGGACAAUCUCAUGUAAAAGCAGACCUUGCAGAUGCAACGAAAUGGGCGCCUGGAGACAUCAAGGAGUAUGGUCGCGUGAUGACUGAAGUCCAGGGCGACAUCAAAGAGAUAAAGGAGCAACGGAAGCUUCUUAAACAAUCGCUCAAGGAGCUUGAGAGUAGUAUGCUGAAAGCGGGAACGAGAAAGGAGGAAAUUAUUCGAUUUACUCGAGCUCAGACGGACAGUGAAUUUGCGAAGAUGCUCAAGAUCAGAACCCUUGGACCGGAAUAUCUGGAAACUCAGUCGCAACUACGGAGGGAUAUAAGGACAAUGAGGGACCGUGUGCAAAAGCUCGAGGACCAUCUGCAAUCCUCUAAAAAGAAGCUUGCUGAGCUAAAGGCAGGCAAACCAAGCUUAAAGGCACCGUCUUUGGAUACCGUGAACCGCACCUUCCGCAACAUUGAUAUCUCAAUCACGCAACAAGGCGGGGAUGUUGCCAAGCUCCAGCAGCGAAUGAGCAAGUUGGACAUAUCCUCUAAUGGCCUUGGUUCACGAGACAAACGCUUAGAAUCAAGUGUUAAGAAGCCAUCGGCCGUGAUUCCCCAUGUAGCGGUUACCACGGCUGCUGCAUUGAAUGCCGAACGCUCUGCGCAGAAGUUAAACGGGCUCUGCUGGCGGUAA